AUGGAUAAAUUGCAAAAUCUGAACAUCAGCGAUGGGAACCGCUCAGUUGAUCAACAGUCGUUUUUCGACGGGGGUACAUAUCACAACUUGGAUUCCCAGGAGCUAAAAGUCCUAAUACCGGUGAUUCUCGGGGUCAUUUGCGUCCUAGGGUUUACGGGAAACGUCACGGCCAUCGGGGUUCUCGUCACCAACGCUCGCAAGGGGAAGCUCUCUCUCAUCAACUCGCUGAUUCUCAACCUGAUCCUAGCCGACAGCAUGGUGCUGGCCUUCGCCGUCCCCUUCAAGGCUGUCUCCUACUCCAGAGCCGGCUGGAUACUCGGCUGGUUCCUGUGCAAGGCGUGCGACUGGUUCCUGCACUCCUGCAUGGCCGCCAAGAGCUUCACCAUCGCCAUAAUGGCCAAGGCGUGCUACAGGUACGUGAGCAACCCCACCAAGCAGGUGAACAUCCACUACAGAACCAUCCUGGUCAUCCUCCUGGGCUGCUGGCUUCUGGCCUGCGCGGUGCCCGUCCCGCACUGGAUGUUUGCCAUUUUGAGGCAGGAGGGGAAGGGACUGGUGUGCGUCCAGGACGAGCCCCCCAGCGCUCACCGCUUCAUGACCGUGUACGUCAAGGUGUACCCCCUGGUGGCGUACUGCGCGCCCCUCAGCUUCGCCCUGCUCUUUUUCUGGCGGGCGUACGGGCGCUGCCAGCGAAGGGGCAGCAAGACCCAGAACCUGCGGACCCAGAUCCGCUCGCGCAAGCUGACGCUGAUGCUCUUCGGCCUGACCGUCACCACGGCGACCAUGUGGCUGCCGCAGUGGGUGUCGUGGGUGUGGGCGCACCACGCGGCGCAGGCCGGCGGGCCCGCCCCCCCGCCGCCGCUCGGCCUCUCCGCCCAGCUCCUGGCCUUCUCCAUCUCGCUCGUCAACCCGCUCAUCGUCCUGUCGCUGUCCGAGGAGUUCCGCGAGGGCUACAAGGGCCUGUGGCGGCGCCUCACGCUCCGCAAGCACCCGCCCAAAAACAAGCUGGGCCCGCACACGCCCACGGCGCCCCGCUCGCCCAGCCCCAGGCCGGAGACCGGGGGAGGGCACCCCCCGCCUCCCCCCCAGCACAGGCAGGGCCGGGCGGAGGAGCCCUCGGCCGAGAGGGACCCCGAACCCGGCUGCGCCGAGCCCAACAGCCCCGGCAACAAGGAGGGCGUCGUCCUGCCCGACGUGGAGCAGUUCUGGCACGAGCGCGAGACGGGCUCGCUGACCGAGGAGAACGACCCGGUGCCCUGGGAGCACCAGGAGUCCGCCGAGGCCAAACAGGGACACGCUUAGGACCACCAGCGGCCGCCGGUACCUCCCCCUCGCUCCAGCAGAAU